AUGUCAACUUUGCACGCAUUACUUGACUAUUUGGACGCAGGAGGGUCAGGUUCCGAGGACAGUGGAGACAACACCCAGUACAAUGUCAUUCCGGCCGUGACGAAGAUGACCUCAAUUGCAUUCACUCUGACGGCUCCGUCAGAACACCCUUACGCUACCGGGCUGCAGAGAUCAGAUAAGAAGUAA